AUGAUACAACCAAAUAACGUCUGGUACUACCAGUGCUCCUGCUACUACCAGUGCUACUGCAUCUGUGGCCUUAACCUCCCACAUCUUCCUGCGGUUCUCCUCCACGUCCUCCGCCGUCCCCCUACUCUCCCUCUGAGCGCUCUGCUCCCCAUUCUCCUCUUGGUUACCCGCCAUCGCGUCCAGCUGUGGCCCUCACAGGGCGCGCUCGCUGGCUCUCACCUGACAGGUCCCUGGCCUCAGGACGACAGCCAGCACCAACAAUCUCCCUACAUGAGGGACAAAGCGACUCAGACCCCCAGGGCCUGGGCAGAUGAGAGGAGGAGGGGCUCUCACAAACGCUCGGCCUCCUGUGGGAGCACCGAUCAGCUCAAGGAGAUUGCCAAACUGCGCCAGCAGCUUCAGCGCAGCAAACGCAGCAGCCGCCAUCGGAGGGAUAAAGAGCGCAAGUCCCCGUUCAAUGGCAGUCACACCAUUAUCCAGUCGCAGUCACCUAUGCCCAAGACUAUUCUGAUACCCAUCCCUAUAUCCAAGUCAUCGGCCCCUCGUUUCCGAAACAGCGUGGAGGGCCUCAACCAGGAGAUCGAACGCAUCAUCAUCCGAGACACCCCUGAAAAGGACGAGACUAUCGUUCCACAGGAUGUCCCAGAUGGGCACCGUGCACCCCCACCCGUCCCCCCACAGCGCAGCAGCAGCACCCGCAGCAUUGACACACAGACUCCCUCAGGGGGCGGCCUGAGUGGUAACCACAGCAAUUGUAGUAGCCGUCCCGACUCCAUCUCGCCCUCCUACCUCACCGUCCUCAAUGACACGGGUGGAGGCAGCCCCUAUGAGGACAAAGAGCUGGGCCCCUGCUCCCCGCUGCCUAAAUACGCUGCUUCUCCUCGACCCAACAACAGCUACAUGUUCAAGAGAGAACCUCCAGAGGGCUGUGAGAAGGUCAAAGUGUCCGAAGAGACCAUGCCCAAACCUCUGCAGGAGAUCCCUCCUUUCUUGUGUCCCGACCGCAACAAGGUCAACUUCAUCCCCAACAGCGGCUCUGCCUUCUGCCUCACAGCAUCCUUAAGCCCUUACUCCCGCCCCGGACCUCAACUUCCGCUCCGGGGUGGGCCUCCGAAGCCUGUCCCCGUCCCUCGUGCCUCUGUCCACCCAGCCCUGCCUCCUGGAGGAGCCCGAGAGCUUCUGACAGCCCACGAGGGCUUCAAGUCACCACAGCCCCCGAAAGCUAGUGUUGUUGUGAAAUGUGUCCAGAAGGGCGCCGUCCUCGCAGGACGGGCUCUCUCUGGCUUGCAGGGCCUUGAGCAAGGAGAGGUUGGUACACCCAAAUACUACACUGCAGAGCAUGAUGGUAGAUGA